AUGGAUUGUGCGAGCGCGGAACGGCAGGUGCGGUUUGCGGCGCAAAAGGCCAGCCGGCGCCUGGCCAAGGCUCUUGAUGCUUCCAGCGAGGACACCCGCUCAAUGCCUGCGGUCGACCAGAUCGACUUUGAUAUGAGCGUUCUGGAUGUUGUGCUCGGUCUGAACGACCAGAUGGGCGCCGAGUGCUACAAUGCCGGCACCCAGAUCGAUGCCACAGUCAAAGGCUGGCACCAGUGGCUCGUGGAACUCACGGAGGAUGUCAUUGAGGUGGCCCAACAUGCUACCGCGGGCACCCGAUUCCAAAGCCAGGUUUCCGAAUGGUCGCGCUCCCCGACGCUGCCAUCCGUCAUCGUCACCUGCAUGGAUCAGAUCUGGUCUAUCAACGACUCGUUCGAGUACCAUGCCCACCGCCGGCCCUGGAAAGACGCCGCGCCGUACGUUGACGACAGCGCGCGGUGUGCGCCCGACGACAUCGACAGGGCAAGCACCUGGUAUGGCCUCGUAGCGGAUCCGUUUGGGGACAAGCCUCGCAUAUUCACCACUAUCGUGCACGCCGACGGCCGACAGGUGCGUCAUUACGGUAUAUGGGAUUCCACGGCAACCGGGCCUGAGGGGGCUUGCAAUGGCCCCAGCGACACGCACUGGACACCACAGCUCACAAAGUCCGAGUCGGCCUCGGCCCGUUCUAGCCCCUCGUCAUCAGCCAGCGGAAAAGCCAAGGACCUGCAUCUCGACGACGCAGACGUCCACAUUGCCUCCGAGAACAACGAUGAGGAGAAGCAACAUCCCGUUGUGCGCUGGAUAACGCCGCCGUCCGACAAUCCUCCCCCCUGUCCGUGA